AUGAGUCAGCCAGAUCAUGAAUUAAUGGAGUCUGCCACUGUAGACACCGCAAUCAGUGUCCCCGCGUCGCCGCCGCCGCGCGACUCCAUGGAAGACGCAGACCCCUCGUUGACCCGCAAACGACCCCGGCUUGACAGCGGUGGUGUAGAAAGCCCCGCUAUGCACGCAGACACAGACGCAGACGCACACUCUGCCCAACCUACGACUGCCCCGGCUGAGCAGCAGGUUGAGAUGACGAUACGGUCGCAGCCGCCCUCAUCGUCGCAUGCCCGAGACGCUGCCGUUAGCACUGACGCCGCACACACAAGCGCGACUCCCGGCGAAGACAUGGAUGCUUCCGCUGCCAUGGAUGGCAUCUCGAACAGGGUAGACAACGCAGACGGUACAGGCGAUAGCUCCGCGGGCAGCCCGCCUAUCAUCGCCAUUGACGACGACGACGACGACGAUGCCGACCCCAUGGCCGGCUAUGCCGGGGCUACUUCCUUCCAUGUCGAGUACGAUGUCGACACCCAUCUCGCCAUGUUCCCGUUCGCGCAUGAUGCGGACUACAUACAUGCUGCACAGGAAAUCGCGCGGUACUUUCACAGUAGUCAAGGGCUGGAUGGAAAUGUCCUCACUCAACUCUCCGACUGGCUAGAUGGUCUUCCGGACCAACCAUUGGCGUGGCCGAACUUGUACAUGCAUCAAGCGGAUCUCUGGGACGAGAUCUCCGUAGUGGCUGGGAGGGUGUUGAACAGAAAAGUGUCUUUCGGAGACACAUUCGGCGAUAACAUCAUGUCUGAGGAAGACAUCAUCACGAAGUUCUUCUCAUCGUAUCUUCGACUCUUUGUACGGCUCACACAGGUUGACGCGUGCAUGUUCGCCGAGUGGACCUCCGAAGAACCUUACGCGCAUCCCGUCUUAUCACAUAAGCAUCUACGCCAUGUGAGCCCGAUGAUGCGGAACCUGGUCGCACCGGGGUUGAUGCAUCUGUACAACAUGCUGCAGAAAGAAUACCAGGUCGACACUGGACCUAUGGAACUUCGACUAUUGCAGGUCUUCCUCAAAGCUGAGGGUCCCAAGCAUCUCUUGGAUUUAGUAUGCCAAGCACACGGCAAGCUUCCGCUCCCCGCACAGAACUGGAUGGUUAUCAACUCGGCGUCAGCAGUGGACGCGAUAAUCUGUUUUCUUACCGCUUCGGAUGCGCAAUCUCUUAACGACGUAUUCAGCCAGGCACAAUUGUGCCGAGAUGCCCUCGCCUUUUUCCGAAAAUACGAUGCAGACCUCCAGAUCCCUAGCAAGGUCGUUGACACUGGAGUGGCGAGAGAAUUGAUUGGCUAUUUCCACUCGCUAUUGUUCAGCAUCUGUCGAUCGGAUGGAGCCGUGGCUGCCGAUCUUGUGACCGACCUUCUAGAUUUUCAAGAUCCCGAAUCACCCACGGCGGCCUCACCAGAUGACAAGGUUGUCGGUCAUGCUUCGUACCUUGAAGACCCUGCAGAGUAUCCCAGGCUGGUCGCAAAUGCUUGGAAGUUCAAACUUCUCCGAAAGUACAUCGUGAAAGGACGUAUGGAGUUGCGUGUGUUGAGCAUCGGCUUCAUGGACAAUUCCCUCGUUGAGCUGUGGAGGGAGUACAAUGGCACGCUGCUCUCAACUGGCCAUCCGGUCAUGCAAUACCUUGCCGAUUUCCUUCUCCAUGAGCGGGUGGUCGACUACAUUAUCAGUGUCGAUUCGCACCCGCAGCUUAUUUCUCGAAGCGGCAAUAUUGUAGGCUUUCUUGUGGUCACCCUUCGAUAUUCUAACGCGCAAACCGAUGCCAUCUGGAAUACCAUUUCCCACAGCUCCGAUCCCCGCAUGGUGUCCGCAACCAUGACGAUGCUUAGAGGUAUUUAUAACCUCAUGACCGAGACGGCUCAACUCUACCUCUGCUCGAAGAUGUAUGAGCUUCCCAUCGAAAGCUAUACUUUAGAUAUCCUCCGUUUCUUGAAGGAUCUGGCUCCGAAGCUGCUCCACAGAGAGAAGGACUGGAGUGAAAUCACUUCGGAAGCCCGGCCUUGGAACGUUUGUAUCAGGGUGUUGCAAGAUACAUCUCCAGGCCGAGAAAGUACGAAAACAUCCACUGCCCUCCACCAUGAAGCGGCUGAGCAACUUCGGACCAUGGUCAAUUACAUUUCCAGGGAGGAACGACAUCAACUCCUACGCGAGUGCGCCUCGCUCGUUGCGAGCAAAUCGCCCAAAGCAACUGGUAGUCUUCGAGCUAUUUACAUCCUCACGUCCAAUUUCCACUACGGAGAGCCGAGUUUUUUCAAAGACAAUGUUGAUGUGGUGCGCGAUGUGCUCCAGGAGAUGUGUGCAUUCGUCGAGAAUGAGAAGGAUAUGGCCUUCGACGCCGAGAUGACUGCUCUUCAGUAUCGACUCGACCUGCUAUCUCUAAUCAUACACCAAGCUUGCCAAGCGAUUCCGGCCGAUCUUUAUCAACCUGUCUGGGAUCAUCUCAUCGGCCGAUAUGCGCAUACGAACCAUCGUAGGGACAUGGCCUGGUCUAAGUUUCUGGACGCCGUAAAAUUAAAACCGAACAACGAAUUCUGCAAAGAGCUCGUUACCGUAUGCGUGCCCAAACUUGACCCGCUGUAUUACACACCUGGCAUGUUCGAUUUCGUCGCGUCUUAUCGAUUCCCCACAACACGACGUGCCCUCACAACACAAGAAGGUACUAAGACGUUGCUGCAGAUUCGCGGUGCUGAUUUACUCUGGGCAAUGAUCCUUUCGGCUCCGCCACAGACAAUCGAAGAUCGUGCGGCAAGACUAUUGGCCUCGCGCUAUCUUGAGAUAGACGCCAGUGAAGGUGUUACCCUGGACGAGCUGGAAGAGGCGCACGUUGCCCUCGUCGAGCAGUGUAUUGAAGAGCUUCUAUCGGUGUACAAGACACUUCGAGCAGAGCGAACCACGACAAUGCCGAAUGUCGAGCGAAUGGAUACCGCAAUUUCUCAUGCCACGACGCAACAGCAUGAGCAGCGCUUCGCCAGAACUCUCCUGUUCUUGAAACUACUACUCAGCCUAGUUCGAAGCAAGCCGGAACUGAACCGUUCUAAGCGAUCGGAUUCCAAGGUGGAACCUUUGGACGUGGAGCUCCCGUUUGGUGAACCAAUUGAGGUCAAAUACAGCUCACCUGUUACGAAUGCGAAAGAGACAUUGAUCAUUGGCUCCGAAAACAGCCUUCAAGACCUCUACGGCCGAUUGUGUCAAGCGACUGGUUACACAAAGCUCAAUCUUUUCGCCAAAGGCCAACGACUUAGUGUUUUGGAAAAAGCAGACGUGAAGAUUGCCGACCUAGGUCUGGGUGGUCAACAACUGCUGGUACAGAAGGCGCCCGGCGCCGAAGUUUCUCAGCCUAUCUUUGACCCCAGCGGCAGCUCUUCGGUAUUUGAAGCCACCUUGUUGAGUCAUUUCGAUGAGCUAUUCGCAUGCAUGGAUGCGGAUGAUUAUAUCAGCUUUGUGGUUUUUGACUUUCUGAGCGUUUUCCCAUUCCACAGUACUAUCGUCGAUUCUAACUCGGUUGACGAUACUUUCUUGGCCAACACCGUGCGCUACAUGGACCAGGCUUUGCUCAGCCCAGGGCUGGUCGAGCAGCAAAUGACAUCAUCAUCGCCUUCGCCUCUACCUGGUGUGUUGGUCGGUGUACUCAUAGGCUUUCUCAAAGAGCGACCUGCGCAAGAAGUUUCGGCUGCUUAUUUCUCAAAUGAGCAAGGUUUUGUGAAGCGACUUCUUGAACUCGCAUCUAUCGCUCUGAGUAGCAAGGUAGACAUGGGCAUUGUUGCCUACCAGUCUUACUGCACUGUCGUGGAAGCCUCCUUGCAUUCUCGAGGCAUAUGGGAAGCCUUCACUAAACACGACAACAUCGGUUCCCUUCAUGGCGCCCUGCUCCUAUCUGAUGGGAGGAAGCCUCUACGGGAAGGCGUUGCCAAAGCCAUAUCAUCUAUAUCGGACGUUCUGCCACAAGCCAUUCGGUUUCCCAGCCAGUCGGAGCAAUUGUUUGACCUUGCAGACCAGGUCUUUCGAAAGUACGAUGAACACAACCGAGAUGAAGUAUCCCUACGAUCUUACUUGGCCACAUGGAGUGCACUUCUUCUCGGCUAUGACCAUCAAGAAAAAGUGGGUCGAGAUGAAGUCGAUUAUGUCGUCAUUGGGUUCACCAAGCUCCUGCUUAGCUGUGUUUCUUCACUGAAAUCGUUCAAGAAGUCUUUGAAUGCCAGCUCGUUGAUUGACAAGAUUUGGCACAAGUUUUUGUUUGCGCCCAGGAUCAGCGUAAUUGAAGGCCAAUCACCGAAUUCACUAACGCCGGUUCUGGAGAGCAAGACGAGGAAAGAACUUUACGAUCUCGUCCUUGCCCUAGCCGAAGAUCAAGGCAGCUACGGUGUUCUUCUCGAUUUAGUUGAGAAUCUCGGAAUCGACAAUCCUAACGCCGAGUCGCGAGCCUUAUGUGUCGACAGGAUCAACGAAAUACGAGCUCCGACCGGAUACGUGGGUCUGUUCAAUCCUCGUGCUAUCUGUUACAUGAACUCGCUGCUUACGCAAUUAUUCAUGAACGUCAAUUUUCGCAAAUUCAUCCUUGAACUGAACGUCACAGACCCGCACGGACAACAGAUACUCCUGCACCACACUCAGAAGCUCUUCGCUGAAAUGCAGAAUAGUUACCGUAAAUCUGCAGAUCCGCGAGAAUUCGCAUCGUGCGUCAAGGCACCUGAAGGCACGCCCAUCGAUAUUAACAUCCAGAUGGACGCAGAUGAAUUUUACAACUUGUUGUUUGACCAGUGGGAAGGUCAGAUGCUCGCCUCUGGCAUCAAAGAGCAAUUCCGCUCCUUCUACGGAGGUCAUACAAUCAACCAGAUUAAGUCCAAAGAGUGCGAGCAUGUUUCUGAACGGGUUGAAAGUUUCUUCGUCGUUCAAUGUGACGUACAAGGUAAACAAAACCUGCUCGAAAGCCUUCAAUCCUUCGUGGAAGGGGACGUAAUGGAAGGAGACAACAAGUACAAAUGUGAAUCCUGUGGAGGGAAAUUGGUGGACGCGGUGAAGCGAACAUGCCUCAAGGACGUUCCAGACAAUCUCAUCUUCCACCUGAAGCGCUUCGACUUCGAUCUUGUGGAACUACGAAGAGCGAAAAUUAACGACCAAUUUGAGUUCCCCAGCCUGAUCGACGUCAGCCCUUUCAAGAUUGAUCACCUCAGCGAUCCUUCAAAGCCUCAUCAAGAGGAUAUCUUCGAGCUCGUUGGCGUCCUCGUGCAUCAAGGAACGUCUGAGAACGGCCAUUACUAUUCAUACAUCCGUGAGCGACCCAGCCCCGUGGCAGAUUCACAACCAUGGGUUGAAUUCAACGAUCGAGAGGUGGAAGCCUUUGAACCUUCUUCCCUUGGCUACCAUGCCUUUGGUGGCUUUUACGACGAGCAAUUUCAGCGCCAGCAGAAGCAAUUCAGCGCGUACAUGCUAUUCUACCAGCGUCGCUCCGCAAUUGUCAAAGAUCACCAUCGAUACAUGGGAGCGUCACAGUCCGGAGUGGCCAAGGUACCUGUUCCUCUGGCCCUCCAGCAGAGUAUCCAGGCCGAAAACGACCUCUUUGUGCGGGAGUAUAGCCUCUACGAUCCCAACCAUACGAAAUUUGUCCGACUCCUUCUCACAAACCUGCGCACGGUCAACCACGGCACUUGCUCGGAAGAUCACCAACAAGAGUCCCAAGCUCUCCAUGUCGUACUCGAACACCUCUGUCAAACGCUUUUCCGUAUAAAGAGCGCCGAGAAUUUCGAUGAAACGAUGAUGCAGCUUCGGAGGACUGUGCUGUCAUGCGCUACGUGCUGUCAUGUUGCGCUGAAAUGGCUAGCCACGCAUCACUCUGCUUUGGCCAACUUACUCCUUCAUUGCAUACACGCAAAGGUGCGCGCACAGACCCGCGCUUUUCUUAUCGACAGCCUUCAGUAUCUUCGCGAGAAAGACCCUGUCGCAUAUGGUAUCGAAGCUACGGAAACCGAGAGCGAAUCGGGUUCGAUGACUCAGACUGAUGGGGUACUCAUGGCUAUUUCGAGGUCUCUUUACCAGGUCUGCGAAGAAUCUUACCAGACUGUGCGCGGUUGGGACGACCUUUAUCUCACCCUUUCCCAACUCAGUGACCUUGGUCAUGUUGAAUCCGCGAUUCUUCUGGACAAUGACUUUUUGGAAUUUGGUUUGCGCAUUUUCUGCAUGCACGCAAUCGCCGAACGUCGAGAUCUCGAUUUAUGGCGUGUAGUUGAAAAGAAACGCCGCAUCUAUAACAGACUAAUCGAGUUUGUUUAUAGACUGCUAUUGCGGAUCGACAUCUACCUCCCGGUGAUUCAAAAGAAUAAAACCAGUCGACUGGACAAUUUCGAACGGAACGGCUUCAAGUUCCCGCUUGCUAGAGAAGAGAAAGCCUUCCUCUACCACUGGGACGACCAAACUAGAGCCCUCACAUUCCUGGACAAAAUGCUUGAGCUAUACGAUCACACCAAGACUGAGGUCUACUAUCCUGGAGAAGUCCUCAAGCUGAUGCUCAAAUCUGUCGAUGCACGACUUUUGCAGGAGCUCUUCUUGACAGUUUUUGAAGGGAUUGUUGGACUUGAACCUUCCUCUUCCGAUCCUUACGUUCGAGCCGCCUUAUCUUAUUGCGAAGCUUCAGCAGAGCCCACUCACGUCGAUCGAAUUAUUGAUGCCGUUUGCAAACAAAUUACCAAGUUUCCUAAGGGAGGUGGCGAGGUCAAUGUUCGUUUCAUGAGCGGCCUCUUGAAACUCGAGAACGAGACAGUGUUGGACGAAAGAGGGGACGAUUAUGUUUACAUCGCUUCGAUCCGUUUCGCCAAAUCGGUCGCAACAACACUACUCACUUACGAUGACGAAGUCGUUCGCAAAGCCACCGCCACUCAUCUUGAAGAACUCUUCGUGCGGCACCAAGAUGACGAACAUACCUCUGAAGACGUUCUCAAGAUUAAGUACAAAGCAGUACGAGCCCUUCUGUUCGAACUCACCGAUAAGAUCGUGUACCAGUAUCAGAGAGCUACUGCGCGAUCAUGCAUACAGCCAAUGGUGCUGGUGUGUGAGAUGCUUGCGGCGCUGAUCAAUAAUCUGUACGAGUCAGAAGACCCUUACUUGGGGCCAUGCAAGCACGCACAGGAUUAUGUCAUUUUAGACAAAUAUCAGUCAGAGGCUGUGCUGAGAUUGCAGAAUUGGCCGUUGGAUGAAAGUACUCCGGUUUCAACGGGUGAGGCUUAUGAUCAUUCAGACUAUGGCAGUGAGUCUGACAUGGAUCCUGAGCUCAUCGACCUUGAAAACUGA